CGAAACUCUAAGAAUGGCUGCCAAGGUUUACAUUAUCAUCUACACUCUCUAUCACCACAUCUACACCCUUGCUUUGGAAGCCCAAAAGGGUCUCGAAGCUGCCGGUGUUGAAGUCAAGCUCUUCCAAGUGCCUGAGACUCUUCCCGAAGAAGUGCUCACCAAGAUGCACGCUCCUGCUAAGCCCGAUAUUCCCGUCAUCACCACUGAGGAAUUGAAGGAAGCCGAUGGUUUCUUGUUCGGUUUCGGUACUCGUUUCGGUACCAUGCCUGCUCAGAUGAAGUCUUUCUUCGAUGCCACUGGCGCUCUUUGGGCCUCCGGUGCUCUUGCUGGCAAGUUUGCCGGUCUUUUCUUCUCGACCGCCUCCCAACACGGUGGCCAGGAAACCACUGCUUUCACCACCAUUCCUUACUUGGCUCACCAUGGUAUCAUCUACGUUCCCCUCGGUUUCGCCAACACCCAUCUCUUUGACAACUCGGAAGUCGUGGGCGGUUCCGCUUGGGGUGCCGGUACCGUUGCUAACGGUGACGGUUCCCGCCAAGUCUCGGACAAGGAAAAAUCCGUCGCUUUCACUCAAGGUGAAAACUUUGGCAAAACCGUUGCUACCUUUGUUGCUGGCAAGCAAUAAAAUCUCUUCUCGUCCUUUAAUUUAUUUAAUUACACAAUCCACAUCCACCGUCCAUUCAUACACUCAUCCAGUGUCUCCAGCCUUCAUA